AUGAUAAGUGAAGAGAGAAAUCAAAAUAGUGCAAAAUCUGAUGCAAAUAAUAACAUUAAAAAGAGCGCAAAUAGUAAUGCAAGACAAAUGUUGCCAUGCCGUUUAGUAGUUAUGCGACACGGUGAACGAAUUGAUGAUUUAUUUCCGGAUUGGAUCCGUAAAUCUACAUCAACCGGAUUAUAUCAGGCCUUUGAUUUAAAUAUGCCAUUCAGUCUUCCGGAAUUGAAACGACCGUUCAAGCAUUACGAAGAUGAUACGAUAAUUUCGGAAAUGGGUUUUGUACUUGCAGAAAUGGUUGGAAGAGGUCUUCUUAUUAAUAAAUCUACACCAGACAUCAUUUAUGCAUCACCAGCAUUACGAUGCAUACAAACAGCACAAUCAGUUUUAAAAGGAAUGGGAAAAGAAAGUGAAAUUAAAAUUCGCAUUGAACCAACACUUUUUGAAUUUACUGAUCUUCAUCCAAAUGGACAACCAAAAUUUGCAACACCUGAAGAACUUUACAAUGCUAAAUUUAACAUUGAUAUUAAUUAUGUACCAUUUGAAACAAUGGAAAAUAUUUGGCAAAUGAAUGAAACAGUUGAAAUGUAUAGUAAACGUGUACAAAAUUUGUUACAAAAAUUAGCUAAAACAAAUGAAUGGAGUGAACGAACUGAUGGUGCUUUAAUUUUGAUUGUUGGACAUGCAUCAACGGUAGAUUUAGCAAUUGGUGCAUUUCGAGAACCAUCACGAACAGUCCUUGCUCGAGAAUUGAUCAACCAUGGCGCAAAAUUCCCUUAUUGCUGUACGGCAAUUAUCGAUCGAAUGGAUGAUGGUCGAUGGUCGUAUAAUGAAACUGCUUUACCACCAAUUACUUAUAUGAAUUUUAGCUCAAAAAUUAAUCGAGAUUUUGCUAUGCGUGAACGCAUUGUAAUAUGA